AUGUUCCCUGAGCAUAUGCAAGCGCCGAGAAACUACGUACCGUCACGCAACUUCACCAUCACAAUGGAUUCUGUUCAGCCUCGAAGUAACGAGAGGAAGAGACCUUUUCAGGGAGGACGGGGCGCAAAGAGGCUGAGAACGCGCAAGGAGAAACCCAUCAAGGAGGGAUCGAAUGAUGAGGUCCUACUCGCCGAUGUGCGCGCUCUGUUCGCCGCGCAGAAGCUCUCGGAGGUUACCAAAAUACCAAUCAUCGAUCCCGCUGUCGAUGUUACAGGAAGUGCCAAUACGAUUUUACCGGAGCAAAUCUCAGCUGGGGUCGAGGCUAUUCGAACACCUGACGAUUCCACAUCUGAGGUUCUGCCAUCGCCAUUCACAGAAAUCGAGGUCGAGGUCAUCGAGCUAUCUUCGACUGGCGACGGGCUUGCGCGACACCACUCUUCGAAACAUCUAUAUGUUGUUCCUUUCACUGCACCUGGGGACGUUGUCAAGGCGAAGGUGAUUCGGCAUUACGAGGAUGAACAGUAUUCCCUUGCAGACUUUGUGUCCGUAGUAAAAGCUGGGCCACUUCGCGAUGACAGCCGGAUCAAUUGCAAGUAUUUCAGCACUUGCUCAGGAUGCCAGUUCCAAAUGCUGGACUAUACAACGCAAUUGAAACACAAACGGACAAUAGUUGAAAAGGCAUACAAGAACUUUUCACAACUGUCUCCUAACCUGGUUCCAGUCGUCGAGGAUACAAUCGGGAGCCCCUUACAUUACGGUUAUCGCACGAAAUUGACACCGCAUUUCGAUGGACCUCCAGGGUUUAUCAGUAAGGCAGAUAAGAGGAAUGGGGUUAGGAAGUAUUUCACAGAAGCUCCAAGUAUAGGCUUUAUGAUUAAAGGUCAGAAGAAAACUCUGGAUAUUGAGGAUUGCCCCAUCGGCACAGAUGCUGUCAGGAUGGGCAUGAAACGAGAACGAGGCCGGGUUGUUGAAGAAUUGGACAAGUACCAGAGGGGAGCGACGAUCUUGCUGCGUGAAAGCACGUUGAGGGUACAAAACGACGACGAGAAAGCUUUGGAAUCACCUCCCGACACAGUCAAGGUCACAACACCUACUUUUACAGAUUUCAAGACAUGCAUUACAGAUAAUAAAGCCACCUCAACUGAAUACAUCGACGACUUUGUCUUCACCAAUAUUGCUGGUUCAUUCUUUCAAAAUAACAACUCGAUACUGCCGGUCUUCACUCAAUACAUCAGAGAUCACAUUCUCCCCCCUUUCAGUGCUGGAGCCCCUGAAAUCAAGUAUCUGAUCGAUGCAUACUCCGGCUCUGGUCUCUUUACGAUUACACUUUCGUCAAUGUUCACUUCCUCAACCGGCAUUGAUAUUUCAGUUGCCUCUAUUGACUCGGCUCACGAAAAUGCCGCACUGAAUAAGCUCCCUCCUUCGCGGUGUACUUUCAUUGCCGCAGAUGCCCCAGAGCUGUUCAAAUCUGUGGAGUAUCCUACCGACGAAACGGUGGUGGUCAUUGAUCCACCAAGGAAAGGAUGUGACGACAACUUCCUGACCCAAUUGUUGAAGUUUGGACCACGGAGGGUGGUGUAUGUCUCCUGCAACGUCCAUACACAGGCAAGAGAUGUUGGCGUCUUAGUAAGGGGGAAGUCUGGGAUUAAUGCGAGAUACAAGAUCGAAUCUCUCCGUGGGUUUGACUUCUUUCCACAAACCGGACAUGUGGAGGGUGUGGCCGUGCUGAGCAGGAUUGAUAGCGACGAUGAAGAGAAACCACCAGCAGGGGAGCUCCGAGACAGCUGA